CAUAGACUCCCUUUCCAGUAGCAACACUCGAGCAGUUUCUGCAGCGAGUAAUCAUGGCGGCGUUCAGGUACGGCGGUGAGCAUGCCUAGUUGAACUUUAUCUGACCACGUGGGAUCGUUUGCUCUACUAGUGAGUGCGAGCAAAACCAUUUUUUCACGACUUACGAUAUGCACGUGUGAAAUGAUGAGUGAUUCAGAAGGAGAAGCACCUAAGGGACCCAUUGAAAAUGCUUGGACUUACAAAGUCCCACAGUUCUUGAAAGAUGACAAUCCUCAUGGUCUGUUGGAGGAGAGCAGUUUUGCCACCCUCUUCCCUAAAUACAGAGAGAAGUAUCUCCGGGAGUGCUGGCCGCUUGUACAGGCCUCUUUGUCAGAAUGUGGUCUUCUGGCAGAACUGGACUUAGUGGAAGGUUCAAUGACGGUGAGAACUACAAGAAAGACCUGGGACCCAUAUAUCAUCAUCAAAGCCAGAGACAUGAUCAAACUCCUGGCUCGAUCUGUGCCCUACGAACAGGCAGUGCGAGUUCUUCAGGAUGAAACAUCAUGUGAUAUUAUCAAGAUUGGGAAGUUGGUGCGAAAUCGGGAAAGAUUUGUCAAGCGCCGCCAGCGUUUGAUUGGACCUAAUGGAGCUACUCUGAAGGCCAUCGAGCUACUGACUGAAUGUUAUGUGCUCGUCCAAGGAAACACAGUGGCAGCUCUGGGACCUUGGAGAGGCCUGAAGAAUGUGAGGAAAAUUGUCAUAGAUACAAUGAAUAACAUUCAUCCAAUCUACAACAUCAAGACCUUGAUGAUAAAGAGAGAAUUGGCCAAAGAUGACAACUUAAGGAACGAGGAUUGGGAGAGGUUUUUGCCAAAAUUCCAUCACAAGAAUGUGAAGAGGAAGCAGCCCAAGAAAAAGAAGGCCAAGAAAGAGUAUACACCUUUCCCACCGCCUCAAGCUGAAAGCAAGAUUGAUAAGGAACUUGCAUCAGGUGAAUAUUUCCUCAAAGAGAAUGAAAGAAAAAGGAAAAAGGUGGAAGAGAGGAAGGAGAGAGAAAAGGAGAAAGCUGAAGCCAAGCGAGAGGAGAAGAUGAAGAAAUACAUCCCACCAGAGGAACCCACAUAUCAACCUGAAACUUCAACUAAGACUGAUGUGGAUGUGGAGGCUUUGAAGAAGAAAGUGAAAAACUUCCAGAAGAAAAAGAAGAUUGGCUAACAGGC